AAGCGAGCUCUUCACCGUGCCACGAGCCCACGACCAUUACAUAUAGCAUCCGGCCGGGCCAUUAAUUUCCCUCCCUCACCAGCUGCAGCUUCAAGCCUUGGCCUCCCGUUGCAUCGGCACCUCCAGAGUCAUCAUCAUCAUCACAGCACAAAGAGAAGCGAGACGCGCGCGCCAGGUGCUCCAGCGCUCCGACCAGCCAUGGCGCGGCCGGGCCACACGGCGUGGCUCCUCCUCUCCGCCGCCGCCGUGCUGCUCCUCGCACCCGCCGCGACGGCGCAGGACUGCCUGUCCGCGACGUUCAGCGGCGGCCGGACCUUCGGGCGGUGCAACAGCAUGCCCACGCUCGGCGCCAGCCUGCACUGGACGUACCACCCGGAGAACGGCACCGCCGACAUCGCGUUCCGCGCGCGCUCCGGCACCGACGGCUGGGUCGGCUGGGGCAUCAACCCCGGCCGCCUCGGCAUGGCCGGCAGCAGCGUCUUCAUCGCCUCGCAUGACGGCAGCGGCACCCCGUCCGUCCUCAUGACCAACCUGGACACCGUUUCGCCCAGCCUGCAGCCCGCGACGCUCAAGUUCGGCGUGCCUGGCUCGCCCACCGUCGACUACUCCAGCGGCGCCUACACCAUCUUCGCCACCAUCGCGCUGCCCAGGAACACCACCCAGCAGAACACGGUGUGGCAGGCCGGGCCGCUCAGCGGCGGGAACAUACAGCCGCACCCGACGACGCCGACGAACUUGGCGAGCACCCAAAGGCUGGACUUCCUCUCCGGCUCCAGCACCGGGGCGUCCAGCUCCAGGCUCCACCGCAAAAACAUCCACGGAGUUCUGAACGCGGUUGCCUGGGGCAUCCUGAUCCCCACCGGCGCCAUCAUCGCCCGGUACCUGCGCGUGUUCGAGUCCGCGGACCCGGCGUGGUUCUACCUCCACAUCGCCUGCCAGUGCUCCGGCUACAUCCUGGGCGUCGCCGGCUGGGGCCUCGGGCUCAAGCUCGGCAGCGAGUCCGUGGGCGUCACCUACCGGCCCCACCGCAACAUCGGCAUCGCCAUCUUCUGCCUGGCCACCCUGCAGGUGUUCGCGCUGCUGCUCAGGCCCGACAAGAAGAACAAGUACAGGUUCUACUGGAACAUCUACCACCACUCCGUCGGCUACUCCGUCAUCGUCCUCAGCGCCGUCAACAUCUUCAAGGGGUUCGACAUCCUCAAGCCGGCCACCGGCUACAAGACCGCCUACAUUGUCGUCCUCGCCACGCUCGGCGGCAUCGCGGUCUUCCUCGAGGCCAUCACCUGGCCCAUCUCCAUCCGGAAGCGCAGGCGCAACGCCGACAAGGCGUCCAACGGCACCGCCGGCUGGCAACAGGGCGCGUGAGCACCGGGGUCUCCGCGCUCUCCGGCAGGUGCCACAGUGCUCGCGUGCGUGUGUGCUUAGUUUUGCUGCGAGCGAGGGAGCGAUGUGAUAUCGAUCGAUGUUGUUUUGUUUUGUUUUCGAGAUGUUGCUGUACCUUUCCUGUUCCUGCUUCUGUAGAGAUCGAGUAGCUCUCUUUUCUUCUAUUUUAAUUUUAUAGGGUUCUGUGAUGGCAUUUGUACACACUUUUUCUUCUUUCUCAUUGAUGUAUGAUUAAUUUUAUUUAUAUGCAUAGACAGUGUAUGGCUUCGAUCA